GACAACAUGAACACAUUUGUGGACGCAUAAACUAAACAGCACACCAAAAAGCGCAGACCAUAAAAUUUAUUUAUAAUUUUAAUAAUCUACACAAGACUAACAACCAAAGACAUUACACCAGCAAAAUUACAGCGUCUGGCUGGCUGUGCCAAGAACAACAUGGAGACCAUGUCAUCAUCAAUUGAGCCUGUGGUGCCACGUACCGCCAAUUUGCUGGCAUGCAAACAAUGGUGGCGUGUUUGCUUUUUGUAUGGCGAUCAGCAAAAAUAUUAUCGACAAGUUUAUGGCAAGGCAGCAGCACAAAGGCUGGCAUUAUCCUCAACGGCAGCAGGAAAAACAACAGCAAAUGCAACAAAUGAUGCUUGUAAUGAAAUUGACAACAACAAUAAACAAGUUAACUACGAUACUGUCGCUGAUUUUAUCGAAACGCAAUUAGAUGAACCAGAUCUGCAUCUAGAAUUUGAUAUAGAUGAUGCUGAAGUAGCUGUAGACAAAAUUAAAUAUAACAAAAAACAACAAAUCGCAACAACAGCAACAACAACAACACCAGCAGCAGCAUCAACAGUGGGUACAGAUAACCAAACGCCAGUUGCAUUAUUUCCAUCGAAAUGUAAUAGUACAACAAGAAAAGGUAAGAAGCUUUUGAAAUCCUUGCGUGAAGCGUACGCCAAAGGAACAGCAACAGCAACAGAUGCUGAUAUAAAUAACAAAGCAUUGAAGUCAAGUAAGCACGCCAAAGAAACUUUGGAUAUACUUAAGUCAAUAAAUACAUUACGUGGUGAGGCAACAAAAGCUGAUGCUAAGGUAACCGUGUUAGAUGAUCCAUUUCUCUUCGGUAUUGAUGAGGAUCAUUUAGGUGAUCUUAUACGCGGUAAACGAUACGCUGCUGAUACAACAGAGCAUAUAACUAAAUACUAUAAUAGGUACGUUGAUCAGGAUGAUGGAGAGCCAAAUCAAUUCAAUACAGAUUUUGGACAUCAUCUGCCAACUGCACCAUCAACCCCGGAACAAACGUCACUUACACUGCAAUUUGAUGAGCCACGACCUGCCUUGCCUCCUAAGAAAAAACUGCUGCAACCGCCACUACCGGCACCGCGGCCGAAUAGUGAAUUUAAAAAUCAUGCGGUACCCGUUACGCCGGAAUUACAGUUAAGUGAAAACGAUUUGCAGUUCCUUAAUAUGAAUUUACGAAAUCGUAGCUUACCGCGCAGCAUGAAGCCUUUUAAGGAUGCCCACGAUAUCAGUUUCACUUUUAAUGAGGAUGAAAUUGAUAUGACAUUGGGAAGUGAGCAUGUUGAACAAACCACAAUAACAAAUGAUCAAGUGGAUAGCAGUAACGAUGAACCCAUCAGUCGUACACCUCUAAGUCAAGUAUCAUAUUUGCAAAAAAUACCAACACUGCCAAGGCAUUUCUCGCCUAACACAGCUGGUGCAACAGGCAAUGCGGCAACAGCAGCAGCACUUGGGAGUUUAAGACAUUCUGGCGGCAAUAUUGCUGCAGGCUUAGCCAGUAGUUCCUCAGCAAGCGCUUUAUAUAAUUCAAAUACCACUGGCUUACCUCCUACAUCGCCAUUACCAUUGCAGCGGCAGUUUCAGCAUCAACAAACACUGCCGUUGCUACCGCCACAUCAAUUGCAUCAUCAGUAUCUACCGCCUCAUCAUCAGCCGAUGCCGCCUUUGCCGACACCGCAUUCAACUACGCAACUGCAUCAUCAAAAUCAACAGCCACAGUAUUCACCAGCUGCCUCAGCAUCAUCAACGACCUCAAAAUAUUCUUCUUCUUCAUUAAAACAUCAACAGACACUACAUCAUGUACAUCAGCAACCACAUCAGCCACACCAACUAUCACCCGCUAUAUCUUCACCAUCACCACCAUCAUUACUACAUCAUCCCUCUUCUGCACAUGCACCAUUUUUAGUGGGACAACAAUUAGAUAUACAACGACAUUCGCACUCUGACGAUGAUAGUGGUUGUGCAUUGGAGGAGUACACAUGGGUGCCACCAGGUCUAAGACCAGAUCAGGUUCGAUUGUACUUCUCACAAAUUCCGGAUGACAAAGUGCCAUACGUAAACAGUCCAGGCGAGCAAUAUCGAGUGCGACAAUUGCUGCAUCAACUUCCGCCACAUGAUAAUGAGGUUCGUUACUGUCACUCAUUGACCGAUGAGGAACGCAAGGAACUUCGCUUGUUUUCAACGCAACGCAAACGUGAUGCACUUGGACGUGGAAAUGUCAGACAACUGAUGAGUGCCCGGCCAUGUGAUGGUUGCGACGAAUUAAUUUCCACCGGCGACAUUGCAGUCUUCGCAACACGCCUCGGACCGAAUACAUCUUGGCAUCCGGGUUGUUUUUUAUGUUGCGUGUGCCAUGAGUUGCUUGUUGAUCUCAUAUACUUCCAUCGCGAUGGGCGUUUGUAUUGUGGACGACAUCAUGCAGAGACACUCAAACCAAGAUGUUCCGCUUGUGAUGAAAUUAUACUGGCUGAUGAAUGUACGGAAGCCGAAGGACGUGCUUGGCAUAUGAACCACUUCGCUUGCAACGAGUGUGAAAAGCAAUUGGGCGGCCAAAGAUAUAUUAUGCGUGAGGGCAAACCUUAUUGUCUGCUCUGCUUUGAUGCUAUGUUUGCAGAAUACUGCGACUAUUGUGGCGAAGCGAUUGGAGUGGAUCAAGGACAAAUGAGUCACGACGGGCAACACUGGCAUGCCACUGAUGAAUGCUUUGCGUGUAAUACGUGUCGUUGUUCGUUGUUGGGACGCGCAUUUCUGCCACGACGUGGCGCUAUCUACUGUUCGAUUGCUUGCAGUAAAGGAGAGCCGCCUACGCCAUCAGAUAGUUCAGGCACCGGUAUGUACACUACCCCGACACCACCCACACAACGUGUACGUCCACAGACACGCAUUCCUAGCAGUCAUGGUUCUAGUUCACCACCAAUGUCUCCACUGCAACAGCAGCAGCAUCAACAAAACUUUAACCAAGCUAUGUAUCAACUGCAAAGUCAACAAAUCGCCGCCGGCAUUGGAGUUGGUUUAGUUGGCAUUGCAGAUGAUAUAACACGUUUAGAAAAUAACAAACAAAGUUAUCCCACUUCAGAUUCUGACGGUGGUGUUGUCAAAGAUAUUGAACAGGGCACAGCAGAUUUUACAGAUUUUUCCGGUGGUGGACCCUCGAGUUCCUCACAAAAUAUGUCUCCACUUACUUCGCCGGGUGAAUAUACACAUUUGAUGCCCAAGCCAAUGGAGCUAAAACAAGACUCACCAUACAAUUUUAAUGAAAUGUCCCUAAAUCUAGAUGCAGCCUGGCCUGCAAAACCACCACACAUUGAUGCCAACAAUUACAACUUACAGCGUCAAAUGCAGCAUGUAACAAAAAUGGACAAUUCAAUUACCUCAAGCAUGCCCGAGCUCACCAGUAAAACAACGAAGCACUUACCGACAAACUCAGUAGAUAAUAGGCAUGGUCAGUCGAGCUCUCAGCAAUUUUCACAUCUAACUGAAUUUAACGACAAUAUAAUAUCUCCACCCCCCUCCGAAGUCGCAGAAUUACCUACACCAAAUCUAUCAGUUGCCUCAACUGCAUUACCACCGGAGCUUAUGGGUUCACCAACAGCUUCAGCUGGUGAUCGUUCAAUCACUUCACCACAAUCCACACAAUCCGCCUCUCUUACACAGCCACCAAAUCAUCCUGUAUCCAUACUUAGCGGUGCUUCGUCCUCAUCACCUAUGAGUGGUGGCGCAACGGGAGGGGAAACCAAAAAGAAAGGUGUGCGAUUUGAGGGUAUACCAGACACAUUACCACGCUCACGAAGUUACUCUGGCAAUGGCGCUGGAACGAAUAACAGUAGCGCGGGCGUUGCUACCAGUAGCGUUGAUAGCCGACACGGUAGCGGACACGGUAGCGGACACUCAUCACGUCGCCGUCGUCGCAAAAAAUCCUCAGGUCAUCGUUCAAGUAGUCAUCGUACACAUUCAACUACGCGUGCAGACACUUAUGCGCCGGCUCAACCUUUAUCCUCUUCAUAUCAAGGACCGCCUUCAAUGCUGCACACAGCCACCGCAGAUGCAACAAAAAGAAAACAUCGCACAGAUGAUGAAUCAGAGGAUGCCUCGAGCGUUUGCUCAACUUGCUCAUCCAGUUCAUCCAGCUCGGAGGACUACAUGAUCAUGUACCAAUUACCGCAACGACGUCAUUACGGCGGUGUGCGCGUCAGUUAUGUGCCAAACGAUGCUUUGGCGUAUGAUCGCAAACGAAAAUCAGCCGACAUGGCGGAUAAAGAUAAAAAUUGCAUCAUAUCGUGAUGUAUUGUGUACGCUUUAGGCCAAUGUAAACCAUUGGCGGUCCAGUUGCAUCGAAGGGCUUUAAUUAACGUUUAAUGAAGCAACUGCACAAAGCAGACGAUGAAUGAAAUUUAUAAACACAAAUUCCGACGUAACAGAUUGUUUUGUACGAAUGCCACUAAAGAGGCAGCAACUCAUAUGGCUUCCAGUCAAAUUUAUCCGAAACAAUAAAAAGGUGGAGUAUAAGACAAUGACAGUAUUAAUGAAGGGUUUCAAUUUAGCAAACAU